GCUCAACAUUAGUAAUACAGGUUUGAGGGCCACAGCCAUUGGUGCCAUACAUUGACACAUGUAUUGAACAAUUGAAUGACUGUUUACGCGACCAAAGAGUCCAUUCAGUGAUCACUCAUUCAUUGAUUCAUUUGAUAAUCUGUUGAUUAAUAACCACUGAAUUGCCACUCAUUUGGUCCAAAGAUGUUGGUGUUAGUGAUGGGCGACACUCACAUCCCCUACAGAUGUCAUUCACUUCCAGCGAAGUUCAAGAAGUUGUUAAUCCCGGGAAGGAUUCAACACAUCUUAUGUACGGGUAAUCUCUGCACCAAAGAGUCGUUGGACUACUUGAAGACAUUGGCCACAGACGUGCACAUCGUUAGGGGAGACUUCGAUGAUAACACGUCAUACCCGGAGCAGAAGGUGGUAACUGUGGGUCAGUUCCGGAUCGGCUUAUGUCACGGCCACCAACUGGUGCCGUGGGCUGACUCGGAGAGUCUGGCACUGAUUCAGCGACAACUGGACGUCGAUAUCCUGAUCACAGGUCACACCCAUAAGUUCGAGGCCUACGAGAGUGACGGCAACUUCUAUAUCAACCCGGGCUCUGCCACCGGCGCCUACACCGCACUCGAGAGUAACGUCAUCCCAUCGUUCGUCUUAAUGGACAUCCAGUCCUCAACUGUCGUCACUUAUGUCUAUCAACUCAUUGGCGAAGAAGUGAAGGUUGAAAGGAUUGAGUACAAGAAAUCAUAAAUGGAUUCAAUGAUUGGGAACUGGAUAUCAAUUUAUGUGUAGUUUUUAACCUUUCAAUCAAAUGUUAUGUUAUUUCGAUUGACGCUCUAAUCGUUUUAUAAAUUAUACCCU